AUGCCCCAGGUCUGCUUACCCAGGCCCCACACCCUUGCUUAUCCUAUCCCUUUCCCUCUCAGGGGCCUGGGUGCUGGGGAGGGAUCAGGUAGUCCAGUAGGUACAUAUGUAUCCUCCUGGGGCCCUAGCCCAGCCCAGCUCCUGGACAGUGUCCUAGGACUGGGGGCACUGGGGUUGACAAUUCGGGCAGUCUUUUCCAUGGCUGGCCUAGCCUUCCUGCUGCUGCUGCUAUUGGUCAGCUUCCUGGCCUUUGACCUGCUCCACAGACCUGCAAGUCCCACCCGGCCACAGCACACACUUCUCACAGGGGGCCAGAGUCAGGGGGCCGGUGAGGGUCCAAGACAGCAGGCGGCUCUACUCUUGCCGAUGGUGGCAGCCACAGGACAACUGCGCCUCCAGGAAGCUCUGCUACUGCUGCUUCUGGGCCUAGGGCUGCUCCUGGGGGCGCGAGGCAUGCCCUUGGCCCUGCUCGGCCUGGCUUUCUGCCUCCAUCCUUGGGCCUGA